GUGAAGGUGACCAACAAAAACACCAGCGGGAGAAACUUCCCUGUGUCAGUUUUGCUGCCUGGAUAACUUUACUAAGACGGAAACGGAGCAGUUCUGCUGUCGAACGAUCGCAUAUUACUAGUUAAGAUUGUACAAGGAGUCGAGUAUCAAAAAAUGACGGAGUAAGAUGCUGGAGAGAGUGAUUAUAUGGUGAUGGAAGCGCACCUGUUGAGGUUCGUGGAGCGGGUCCGCUGUCUGUCCGACACUAAUGACAGCAGUGGAGAUCAGCUCAUCUCCACAGAGUUCAACCUGAUCCGACAGAAAAGUGCAACACUGAAAGAGGAUUAUGGCCUGACCACUGCGGUAGGAGAAAUCAAAGAAAAUGCGAAGAAAAACCGCUAUAGGGAUAUUCUGCCCUAUGAUCAGACCAGAGUCUGUCUAGCUCCAACCACAUCUGAAUAUGAGUCUGAUUAUAUUAAUGCCAGCUUCAUCAAGGGAGCUGCUAAGAACAGGAUGUAUAUUGCCACCCAGGGCCCUUUGAGCAGUACUGUGGUUGAUUUCUGGCGUAUGAUUUGGCAACACAAUGUUAAGGUCAUAAUCAUGGCUUGUAGAGAGAUUGAGAUGGGAAAGAAAAAAUGUGAAGUCUACUGGGAAUUGACCACAGACACAUCUAUUUUUGGUCCCUUUACUGUCUCAACUUUUGAGGAGUCACGACCAAAUGAGGAAAUCAUUGUUCGGACGUUGGUGGUAAAAUAUUGUGAUGAAACUCGUAAAUUGUCUCAUUUCCAGUAUACUGCCUGGCCGGACCACGGAAUUCCAGACUUGCCGGAUGGCAUUCUGGGUAUGAUGGAGCUGGCUCGCCAAAAACAGGGCAACCAGACGGACCCUGUAGUGAUCCACUGCAGUGCCGGCUGCGGUAGAACGGGGGUCAUCUGUGCUGUUGACUAUGUCAAUGAUCUACUGCUGACGGAGCAAAUACAGGAGGAUUUUAAUAUAUUUGACCUGGUGUUAGAGCUCAGAAGACAGAGACCUUCGGCUGUGCAGACCAAGGAGCAAUAUGCAUUUGUCUUUCAUACUGUUGCUCAGAUGUUUCAGAAGGUCUUGGAGAUGAAAAACAAGAAGACAGAGACUUCCGCCUCUCUGUACAUCAAUGCAGUUCCACCGAAGACUCCACUGAAAUCAGGAACAUUAGGCAGCAUCAGCGUACCCCCUAAAACACGAAAUCCGCCUCUCAAGUCCAGGCUUUCUCAUCCUCUUCCUCAGAUCAGGAUGAACGACACUUACGCGGUCGUCAACAAGUCCAAACUACAGCCUCCUGCUUCUGCCCCUUGUUCCAUCACUGUCCAUCACUAUGACAAUGCUGCUUUAGAGAAAAGCAAGAACAAUGCUGUCUAUAGUUCAGUCAAGCCUAAAAGCAGGCCCAUGUCAGUCCUGCCCUCUCCCACCUCACCGGAUUACGACAGAUCAACGACAGCCAAUCAGAGAGGAGGACUGCCACCCAAAAAGACAGACCAUGAGGGUUAUGAUCUAUUGCCAGGGGAGUUGAGGUCCGUGAAUAGAGAUUCACAGCCACACAGCUCUCUUUCACGAUCCCCAAGUGCAACUGAGAGCCAAUCUUUUACAGAUGAUGAUUAUGAAUAUGUGUCUAGCGUUGUCAAGGAUACCAGCAGCCCAUUUCCCCCGGGUGGCCUGGGUUUCAACUGUCGCAUAAAGAAACCCAAAGGCCCUCGAGAUCCACCAGCCGAAUGGAGUCGUGCAGAAAGAUGAAACUACAGCAGGUUUUAGGUUUUAUAAAAACUGAACUCAACCUAGUGUAGCCCGUUUCAGUAGAUGCACAGCUAUUUUUACACUGGGUAAUAAGCAUUAUUUAUUUCCUUUACUGGUAGUUUUGUUUGUAUUACCGUUUUAAAUACUGAAGAAAUUUCUGAUAAUGUACAGUUGUGUAGUUUAUUGGUGUAUUUGUGUGGCAAAAUAGAAAUUGCCAGUAAUAUUGAACAUUUUCAGUGCACGCUGAUGCAAGAAUGCAUGUGAUUUAAAGGGGUCAUUUAAUGUUUUUGUAAUUACGCCAAUUUCAACUAAUAGAUGUUGUUUACAAUGUAAAUGUGAGUCGUGAUCUGUUCUAAUACAUUCAUCUGACACCAGUAAGUUGCUGUUUAGUUUCAGUACAUGUUUAUUUUGGACUUUUCAAUGUUUUUA